GGUUAAAUUAAUAAAUAAAAAAAAUAAUAAAAAAAAUUUUAAUAUUAAAAAGAAAUGGGGGUUUGAGUAUUUUUAAUAGAAAAAAUUAAUAGUUUUAUAAUGAAUUAUUACUGUAAAGGAAAUUAUAAAUAAUUGAAAUUUAAUUAAAUUAAAAGUAGGUUUAAUUUAUUGUAUCUUGUGUAUCAGAGUUUAUUAAAUAUUAAAAAUUUAUUUAAAUAAAUCUCGAAUUUAAAAGAGUUAAUUAAUUAAAAAAGUUAAUGUUGUAUAAUUAUUUUAAAUAAUUAAUUAGAAAUGAAAUGUUAAUCGUUUUUAAAUAUAUCUAGUUUUUUUAGAAAAAAAUUUAAUUUUAAAUUUAAAUAAUUUUAUAUUUAUUUAAUUAAUUAUAAAAAUUUAAAAUUUAAUAUUUUAGGGGAUAAGCUUUAAAUUAAAUUGUUAUAAUUAUUUAAAUUAAAAAUUAAAAAUUUUAAAAUUUAUAUUGUUUAAAAAUUAUAAUUUAUUAUAAAAAAUUUUAAUUAAAAUAAAAUUUAAAUUAAAUUUAAUUUUUUAUAAAAAAAAUAAUUUUUAAUAAAAUAAAAUUAGUAAUAAUGAUAAAAUUAGUAUAUUAUAAUAAAUAAAAUAAAAAUUAAUUAAAAUUAAAUUAAAGGAAUUCGGCAAAUUUUUAUAUUCACUUGUUUAUCAAAAACAUGUCUUUUUGAUAAUAAUUUAAAGUCUAAUCUGCCCACUGAUAUAUUUAUUAAAGGGCUGCAGUAUAUUGACUGUACAAAGGUAGCAUAAUCAUUAGUCUUUUAAUUGAAGACUUGUAUGAAAGAUUUGAUGAAAUAUAAACUGUCUCUGAUUUAUUAUAUAAAAUUUAAUUUUUUAGUUAAAAAGCUAAAAUAAAAUUAAAAGACGAGAAGACCCUAUAGAGUUUUAUAGUUAAAUUAUUUAGUAUUAAAUAUAUAAUUAUUUAAUUAAAAUUAAUUUAAUUAUUUUAUUGGGGUGAUAGAAAAAUUAAAAAAACUUUUUUUAAAAAAUAAACAUAAAUAAAUGAUUUUAUGAUCCAUUAGAUAAUGAUUAUAAGAAAAAAUUACCUUAGGGAUAACAGCGUAAUAUUUUUUUUUAGUACAAAUAAAAAAAAAAGUUUGCGACCUCGAUGUUGGAUUAAGAUAAAAUUUAAAUGCAAAAGUUUAAAAUUUUGAUCUGUUCGAUCAUUAAAAUCUUACAUGAUCUGAGUUCAAACCGGUGUGAGCCAGGUUGGUUUCUAUCUUUAAUUAGGUGAUAUAUUUUAGUACGAAAGGAUCAAAUAUUUAAAAUAAUUUUAUAAUUGAGAAUAUUAUUAAAAUAAUGUUAAACUAUUUUGGCAGAUAAUUGUAAUGGUUUUAGAAGUCAUAUAUAUAUAUUAAUUAAUAUAUAGGUAGUAUAUGAUAAUAAUUGAUAUAUUAAAUAUUAUAGUUGGUUUUUUAGUUUUGGUUAUUGGGGUAUUAAUUGGGGUUGCUUUUUUAACUUUAUUAGAACGAAAAGUUUUAGGUUACAUUCAAAUUCGGAAAGGUCCCAAUAAAAUAGGUUAUUUGGGUUUAUUACAGCCUUUUUGUGAUGCGAUUAAAUUAUUUUCUAAGGAACAGGUUUAUUUAAAUUAUUCUAAUUAUUUAGUUUAUUAUUUUUCUCCUAUUAUGAGAUUUAUUUUAUCUUUAAUGAUUUGAAUAGUUAUUCCUUAUUUAUUUAAUAUGAUUACUUUUAAUUUGGGUAUUUUAUUUUUUUUAUGUUGUACUAGAAUUGGGGUUUAUACUUUAAUGAUUGCUGGUUGAUCCUCUAAUUCAAAUUAUUCAUUAUUAGGGGGUUUACGUGCUGUAGCUCAAACUAUUUCUUAUGAAGUUAGAAUAACUUUAAUUAUAAUAUCUAGAAUUGUGAUAAUUAUAGAUUUUAAUUUAAUAAAGUUUUUUGAUUAUCAAAUUUUAGUUUGGUUUAUUUUUAUAAUAAUACCUUUAAGUUUGUGUUUUUUAUCUUCUUUAAUAGCUGAAACUAAUCGGACUCCUUAUGAUUUUGCUGAGGGUGAGAGAGAGUUGGUUUCUGGAUUUAAUGUUGAGUAUAGAAGAGGGGGGUUUGCUUUAAUUUUUUUAGCGGAAUAUUCUAGAAUUUUAUUUAUAAGAUUAUUAUUUGUUAUUAUUUAUAUGGGGGGUUAUAGAUUAUCUUUAUUUUUUUACUUAAAAUUAGUUUUUUUAUCUUUUUUUUUUAUUUGAGUUCGUGGAACAUUACCUCGUUAUCGUUAUGAUAAAUUAAUAUAUUUAUGUUGAAAGAGAUAUUUACCUAUUUCUUUAAAUUUUUUAAUGUUUUAUAUGGGAUUAAAAAUAUUUUUAAGUUAUUAAAUGAUUUUAGUAUAUUUAAAUUAAUAGAAUAAUUAUUCUUUCUUAAGUUUUCAAAACAAAUGCUUUAACAAGCUCAUUAAUUAAUAAUUAAAAAUUAAUUUAUCUCAUAAUCUAUUUAAAAUUGGGUUAAUAAUAAAAUAAGAAAAAUAAAGAAUAGUUAAUAAUUGUCCAGUAAUAAUAUAAGGUGUUUCUACAGAUCGUGCUCCAAUUCAAGUUAGUAAAAUAAUAAUAGAAAUUAAUGAUCAAAAUAAUAAUUGAUUAAUGGGGUAAAAUUGAAUUCCUUGAAUUUUUUUAUUAAAUGUAAAAGGUAGGAUAAUUAAAAUUAAAAUUGAUAUAACUAAAGCAAUAACUCCUCCUAAUUUAUUGGGGAUUGAUCGAAGAAUUGCAUAAGCAAAUAAAAAAUAUCAUUCUGGUUGAAUAUGAAUUGGGGUUACUAAGGGAUUAGCGGGAAUAAAAUUAUCUGGAUCUCCUAAUAAAUAUGGGUUAAUAAGUGUUAAUAUUGUUAAUA